AGUUUUCAUUUAGAUUUUCAUCUGAGGCUGCUGCUUUUGAUUUUUCCAUCAGUGGAGUUUGUCUUCCAAAGCUUUUGUCAUUUUUGCUACUGACAGAGUAAUAGGAACAAUUUAAUGCUCGAGUUGUUACUGGGCACAGUGAGAUCAUCCUGAAAGCUUCUGGCAGACAAAAUAAGAUGUUUUAAAGUGUGGAGUUAAGAAGAGCUAUGGCAGCAGCUGGAGACAUAUAGAGAACAGCAAUCUAAAAGUUGGAGCAGCCUCUAAGAAUAACACUUCAUCAGAAAUGGAACAGUUCGUAAGGAGUUUUUUGGCACGCCAAGUACCAUGUAUCUGUGAUCACUUAGUUACAACAGCUUUGCAAAGGAAACUCUUUUCGGCAAAGCAGAUGACCAAAAUCAAAGUGGUGAGGUAUUCCGUGCAAGCAGUGUCGGCAAAACAGAUAGCUCCAUUGAUCAUAGCCAAACCAACAACAGCACUUGCAGAUGAAACAGUUCAGAUCCACAUUGAAAAUCUACAGUCAAAUCAACCAAUCACACUGCAUUCCGCUCUGAAAACAGAACAAAAUGACAUCUGGGAGUCCUACAGCCAUUACAUCAGUAGUUCAGAUGGAAUUGUUCAAGUUGACAAAGACAAGUCACAUGGAGGGAGCUACACUGGUUGUGAACCAAUGGGGUUUGUCUGGAGCCUAAAACCUUCGCCAGGGUCACCUGAACACAGCAGGCUAAGAAAGCAUGAUGUGACUGUACCAUUUGUAGUACAGGUCUCUGUCCUUGAUGGUCACAUCUCUGAAUGGUCAUCAGAUCAGACAGCCCUGGCAGUCAUUAAUCUGGAUUUGUGGUACAUGGCCCCUGGUGUCAGACGUAUAAAUAUCCGGCACAAUGGAAUUGUUGGAACUCUCUUCCUUCCAGCAGGUCAUGGUCCAUUUCCUGGUAUAGUAGACCUUUGGGGAGGAGUACCCGGUCUAAUUGAGUUUCGGGCAUCUCUCUUGGCAUCUCAUGGAUUUGCUACACUUGCCUUGGCAUACAUAGGACAUCCUGAUUUACCAUAUCCAAAGGGAUACCUUGGUGUGACUUCAGAGUAUUUUGAGGAAGCUUAUAAUUUCCUGAAAAAUCAGCCACAGGUGGUUAAAGACAGAAUAGGCAUCAUUGGAUACUGUUCUGGAGUUUUCAUUUCUCUCCGAAUGGCUACAGAAAUGCUAAGCAUUAAGCCAAGGUGUGUUGUUGGAGUGAGUGGAGCCCACUUCUGGGUAAUGAGCACCAGGACAGGACACCUUUAUGCAUUUCUGACUGAAAACAUUCUACCAGAAAUUGUAUCAGAAAUGGUCACCCUCGCCCUCAGUAAGCCUAGUGGGAUUCGUGGUACUGGUUUGUUUUCGUUGCUUCCUGGUUUUGAGCUAUGGCAGAGGACGCAUCUCCAGUUUUUACUGACACGCCUUUCUUACUUGGGAAGACCGGAUGACACGCCGGUACUCGUAGAGUUAAAUCAGGUCUUGGCUCUACUAACACAGUUAAACAACAGUAUAAUGAAUUCCAACAGGUCUAAUGGUUCUCGACUUCAGGAAUACCUUGCAACCAGCAGCAAGCGAAAGACAAGGAACGGAACAACGUGGUAG